AUGACGAAAGUGAACGGGGACCGGUUGGGCUUGAUGGCUCAGGCCGAGCAGAUUGCUAGCGAGUUCAGCCUCAGUUCUGAACAUGUGCGGCGAGUGACGAAACAUUUGGUUCGCCAGUUGAAGGACGGUCUUGCAAAUGAACGCCCGUGGCAGUUACCCGCCUAUCUACAAAGCGUGCCAACUGGAGCUGAGAAGGGCCAGUUUCUGGCUGUUGAUCUCGGUGGCAGCAACUGUAGGAUAUGCAUGGCCGAAUUACACGGAGAUUCUACUUUCACCGUUCUCCAAAGUAAACACAAAGUUCCGUCCAGUGUCAUGGUCAAUCAAAGCUAUCGGCCUCUGUUCGACUUUAUUGCACGAAAUAUUUCAGAGUUUCUCAGUGCACAUCUCGAUCCCCACAGUCGAUCAGCUUACAAGUUGGGCUUUACAUUCAGUUUUACCUGCGAGCAGGAAUCUCUCAAUGGCGGUCGUCUCAUACACUGGGACAAGGGCUGGGAUAUACCAGAAGCCGUGGGUCGUGAUCCAUGCGUCAUGCUUCAAGAAGCCAUUGAUAGAAUGGGAUUGCCAGUUCUAGUGACGGUUCUGGCAAAUGACAGCGUUGGUACGCUCUUGACAAGAUCAUACAGCUCGGGUCAAGGGAUAUCUACGCUAGGUGCAGUCAUUUUUGGAACUGGGACAAAUGCCGCCUACGUGGAAAAGCUGUCCAAUGUGCGGAGACUCAAGAAGGUCAAAGCCAAUGCAGAGGGCAUUAUGGUGAUCAACAGUGAAUGGGGUUCCCUGGAUGACGAGAUGAAAGUGUUGCCGCGAACGCCACUCGAUGAUGAACUAGACGCUGCAUCCGUUGAUCCCGGCUUUGGAAUGCUGGAAAAGAGGGUAUCUGGACUGUAUCUCGGGGAGCUCCUCCGAUUAGCAAUUCUAAAGCUGUUGCGAGCGAGCGCUUUCGACAUGACUAUCGCCGAAGAGUCUUGCCUCUUUCGGCGCGACAGGAUCGACAGUUCCCUCCUGUCUCAUCUUGCGAUUUCAAAGAACGACAUCGACAACGCAGUUCGACUGCUCCAAGACACGCUAUCAGCGAAGGAUGUCAGUAGGACAGAUGCAGAGGCUAUCAAACUGAUAGCCGAGGCCAUUGCCAGACGAGCAGCACGCUUGUCUGGUGCAUCCUUAGCAGCUGUGAUCAUCCAAAGCGGACGACUCGAAACUUCCUCGAGAAAAUUCCUGAAACGAGUCCCUUCGCGAGCGACAUCCAUUUCACCAUAUAGCUUCAAAAACUUGUACAACUACGCGCCUCUUCUUCUACGCCACCUUUUGGAUUUUGUGAGGUUGAUUUGCAAGAGACCAUCUUGGAUGCCCCCGAAACAUACACCGGAUACCGAUGGUACGCCACUACCUGGUGAUAUUAUCGACAUCGGAGCCGAUGGCUCGGUUAUAGAGUCAUAUCCGACAUUUGAGGCUGAAAUGCGCGGUGCAAUGAGAGAAGUUCCUGAGAUUGGACCCGCGGGUGAGCAGAGGGUUAGGAUUACUCUUACCAAGGAUGGGUCUGGGGUGGGUGCUGCAUUGAUGGCACAUGCAGCAAGCUUGGCUGAAAUUAAUAGACCCGGUAAUUCGUGA